AUGGCGUCUAAAUCUGGAAAACUGACUUCAGACCAUUUCAAAACUUGGCUGAAGGACGUGUACAUUCCAAAUGUUGGAUCCUUGAGUGUAUUGUUGAUUGAUUUGUGGAGCGGACAUUGUUCUGUAGUUGUGUGGAUGAAGGGAGGAACUCUUGUUAAUAAAGAUAUGAUUGCCAAAUUAAUUCCGACGGGGACUGGAAAAAUUUGGCCAGUAGAUGUGUAUGGCUUUAGAGUGUGGAAAAAUGAUGUGAGGCAUUUUUCGGACAGCGUCAUACUUAUGAAUGAAGAUUUGAAUCUCCAUAUGAGAAAUAAUAUCAUCAAAUUUCUAUCUUUGGUUCACAAUCAAUUCUCAUCUCCUCAAUACUUCAAUUUAUUUACAUUUUCAUGGUACAAAAGUGGUUACAUUGAAGAAAAACCAAGAGAUUUCGAAAAUCCAGUACAGUUCGGCUUUGGAUACAAUUCUGAUGUUCGCUGUGAAACAGAAGGUUGCUGUAGUAUCACAAUUAAAGGUCGGAUAGUACUAUAA